GAGCUGGAGGCGCCGCGAAGCUCCGCUCCUCCUGCCUGGCCCGCGGUGCUCACCCGCUGCGCCUGCGCUGGACCCUAAUCUCCUUGGAAGCGCCUCUCCUGCAGUUAUGGAGAAAACUUGUGCAGAUGAACUUCCUCUUACUGUGAAUUCUUCAGAAAGCAAAGAAACUAUAUGUAUUUUUGGAACUGGGGAUUUUGGAAGAUCGCUGGGAUUGAAAAUGCUCCAGUGUGGUUAUUCUGUUGUUUUUGGAAGUCGAAACCCCCAGAUGUCCAGCCUGCUACCCGAUGGCGCAGAAGUCUUGAGCUACCCAGAAGCAGUCAAGUCGUCUGACAUCAUAUUCCUGACAAUCCAUAGAGAGCACUAUGAGUUCCUCACCGAAUUAACUGCAGUUCUCAAUGGAAAGACAUUGGUAGAUGUCAGCAACAACAUCAAAAUCAAUCAGUAUCCAGAAUCCAAUGCAGAGUACCUUGCUCAGUUGGUGCCUGGUGCUCACGUGGUAAAAGCAUUUAACACCAUCUCAGCCUGGGCUCUCCAGUCAGGAGCACUGGAUGCAAGUCGGCAGGUGUUUGUCUGUGGAAAUGACAGCAAAGCCAAACAAAGAGUAAUGGAUAUCGCUCGUACUCUGGGACUUACGCCAUUGGACCAAGGAUCUCUCAUGGCAGCCGCUGAAAUUGAAAACUAUCCCCUGCAACUAUUUCCAAUGUGGAGGUUCCCCUUCUAUUUGUCUGCUGCCCUGUGUGCCUUCUUCUUUUUCUACUGUGUCAUAAGAGAAGUAAUCUACCCUUACGUGAACGACAAGUCAGAUACUACAUUUCGCCUGGCUAUCUCCAUUCCAAAUCGGGUCUUUCCAAUAACAGCACUUACCCUGCUGGCUUUGGUUUACCUCCCUGGUGUUAUUGCUGCCAUUCUGCAGCUAUACCGAGGUACAAAAUACUGCCGAUUCCCAGACUGGCUUGACCAUUGGAUGCUUUGCAGAAAGCAGCUGGGCUUGGUAGCUCUGGGAUUUGCUUUCCUCCACGUCCUCUACACGCUUGUGAUCCCUAUUCGUUAUUAUGUACGAUGGAGACUGAGAAAUUUAACCGUUACCCAGACGCUACUCAAGAAAGAGAAUACAUUUAGUACCACUUCCGCCUGGCUUGGUGAUUCGUAUGUGGCUUUGGGAAUCCUUGGAUUUUUUCUGUUUGUGCUCUUGGGAAUCACUUCCUUGCCAUCAGUUAGCAACAUGGUCAACUGGAGAGAGUUCCGAUUUGUCCAGUCCAAACUGGGUUACUUGACCCUGAUCUUGUGCACAGCCCACACCCUGGUAUACGGUGGAAAGAAAUUCCUCAGCCCUUCAGUUCUCAGAUGGUAUCUUCCUUCAGCCUACAUAUUAGCACUCAUCAUUCCUUGCACUGUACUGGUGAUCAAGUUUAUCCUAAUUAUGCCAUGCAUAGACAAGACCCUGACACGGAUCCGCCAGGGCUGGGAAAGGAACUCAAAAAUCUCCAAAUCAGCUCUGAAUGGAAAAACAGAUAUUUAAAGCAAAGUUCAAUAUAAUCACUCUUCUAUAGAAUUGGUGUUUAGAGAAUAAUGAAUAUGGUUAGAAAAGGUUUUUUGUUUUCCCAUGAUGGCUUGACGUUCAUGAACACAGAAGGGAACAUUACCUUUCUUUGAGAAAUUGGCAGAUUGGAAGAGAAUACCAUUUUAGCUCACAUCAGUAUGAAUCCGAGCAGGUCCCCGCCUCUUCUUCCCUGGGGCUCAUGGGGCUGAGAUUGACAUUAGCUUUGUGGUUUCACACUCAGAAGCUUCCUUAUUGUAGGCAACAUGUAUGACCUAAUGUCUUGCAAAAUCCAGGACUAUCACAACUUCCUUCUCCAGUUCAAGGACUGAGUUAAGUGAGGGCCACCAACAAAGGUUUGGUUGAAGAAGAGGGCCAAAUGGAGUAAAAAGAAUGAGAUUUUUGCUUGCAUUUUGGAAUCAAAGGUGAUCAUAAAUAUUACCACAGUAAAUCCUAUAGUUAAAUGUACUCCUUGAUUUUGCUUUUACCAAUAUGAAUGUUUACUAUGGGGAACUACUUUAUAACACAACAAAAAUAUCACAACUGAGGGGAAGUAAACACGCCACAUCUAUAGAACUGUCAUAAGAUCCGUCCUCUGCAGAGAACAGGUCUAGGAGAGACUGAGUAAAAAUGAAGAUAUAUCCAUUUGAAUUUCCCCUGCAAUGUUCAAAAAGCAAGGAAGGGUUGAGAAGAACCCUUGUACGAAAAGUCAAAAUCAACCAGAAUUUUAGAUAGCAAGCUAAAUAAAUAUUGUAAAGUUGAACUAUAUUAGAUUUAGUAUUUUUUAGGUACGGGAUAUAAUUUUGCAAAUUGUAUAUUCCAAAUAUUCUUCAAUAUUAAUCAUCUAUGACAUUAAUUUCUAGUAUAAAGAAGUAGCUUCCAUAGCUGUCUCAGGCUAUUAUAAUUUUAAGCAGCAAAGUUACAUGAAUAAUCUUUAGGAGUAAGUUUAAACAAUGCUUGGAUGAUGGAGACUUAUAGGAAGUGACAGGGCAGAGAUGUUAUAUACACAUAAUAUGUUAUAUAUGUAAUGAACAGUAGUCAUUAUAUGAGCCUUGGAUCUUUCUCAAAUCCUUGCUGAAGUGUAGGAUGGUUCUCUCUGUUUUUCUGUGCUGAGUGGGCCCUUUCCCAGAUGACCUUCAGCCGUAUUCGCCUUUCUAGCCCAAGCAAGGAGCUAAGCGGAGCCUUAUGCACAAUCUUCCCACAUACCAAAAUAACUAAAAGGCAUUGGGUUUGACAUUUUUCUGCCUGCUCUACCAAGACUAUUUUUUUACUUUUGUUAUAACAUAUUAUAUACAUGGCAUAUACAAAAUGGUUAAAAUAUAUGAAAACAUCCACAAUCCAAGAUAUUUUUCUAUAUAACUUUUUGAAAAUAAUUUUAUCUAGAUUGUAGGCUCAAUUUUACAUCCUUUUUCACUUACUAUGUUAAAGGCAUUGUUCUCUUAUAUUGUGUAUGUAUUUAUUUAAUGGAUGCAUAAUAUUAUAUCAAAUAGGCAUUUAUUUACCCAUGCCCCUAAUUAAAUGUAUAGGCUAUAUCCAUUUUUUACUAAAACAACUUUUCAGAGAAUAUCUUUGUACUAUUAACAUUUUUCCAUACUUUCAGUUAUUUCCUCAGAAUACUUGCUAAGAAUUGGAAACAUGAAUUUUAACCAGUAUUUAUGAUAUGUCAUCAAUUUAUUGCUAACAUGAUCUUAUUAACACCUUUAGCAUUGAAUCAGGGUGUUGGUUCCAUCGUACAUUAUAGAUUUUGUUUUCUAUUUCAAUUUGUAUUUACUUAUAAAUGGCUGCAAAGCUACACAGAACAUGUGCUUCUUCAGUUUAUCUUUGAUGAACCCAAGCAGGGAUACAGAAAGCUGGAAGCCUUGGAGUAGACAGGUGGUAUGUGGUGCUGACCUCAGAGCAUCAGUGGAAAAGACAGGGAAAUGGCACUUCUCAUCCACGUUAUGCAAAACGACCAGGUGUGCUGGGGCUGGAGCCUGCUCUUUAGUCAGAGAAUUGCUCAAGUGAAGUUUAAGUACCCCCCAGGCUGGCCUAGGGGAGCUUUUGGAGCUAACCACUGUCCCUUUUUGGUAAAAGAAUAAUAUGUUUAUUAUACCAGGUCAUACACAGUCUAUCAAUGAAAAUAGAAAAUGCCAUAUACCUAAGUAAAAUGUUUAUGUACAGAAAAAACAAACUCUGCUUUUACAACCUAGUAAAAAUGCCCUACCUAGUACAAAUGCUUUUACAACCUAGUAAGAAUGCUUUAAAAAGUACUUAAAAGCCAUCUAUGAAGCCUGAUGCUAAAGAGCACCCUAGUAGUUUUUUCACAGCAGCUGUGUGGCCAGGCCUGACCUUUGGCUCCAACUACAAGGUUUGGCGCCACAGGCCGACCAAGAAUGCCACAGUUUUCCUUCCAGGCUUCCCAGUGUCCCUCCCAGCUUUCAAAACUAUCAAAUCAAUUUCACCAUCUUAACACAGCCGACCCCUCCAGUUUACUUACGGUGGAAACAAUGAGUUUAGAAGGAUGGAACAGGUGCUUUGGGCGAACUGUAUCCCUUAAACUGUUCUUUCUAUGUCAGAGCGUUAGACGAAACUUUUUUACUGCUGGUAUGUUUCCUGUAUUCUAGGAAAAUUUUUAUAACAUUUACAGAUGUUUUGUUUUUGUAUGCUAUACUUUAUGUUAAGAGAUCACCGAUUUAUAAAUGUGCACUUAUUAAAUGUUACUUUUAAAAUA